CCUGGAGUUCAGUAGAAGUGGGGACAAGUAAAUCAGGAGUCCGUGUGGGACCCCCAAAUCUGAGCCAUGGAAAACUGGGAGGGAUUGCCUCCAGUGUCCUUGGUAUCUCCGAAGGCCAAAGACACUCAGGAGAAGAUGUCUUCGGCCCAUGACAGCUGUCUCAGCCUCAUCAAAUACCUCCUGUUCGUUUUCAACCUCUUCUUCUUUGUCCUAGGCAGUCUGAUUUUCUGCUUCGGCAUCUGGAUUCUGAUCGACAAGAGCAGCUUUGUGUCUUUUGUGGGCUUGUCCUUCAUGCCCCUGCAGAUCUGGUCGAAGGCCCUGGCCACCUGCGGGAUCAUCACCAUGGGCCUGGCCCUCCUGGGCUGUGUGGGGGCCCUCAAGGAGUUCCGCUGCCUGCUGGGCCUGUAUUUUGGGAUUCUGCUGCUCCUGUUUGCCACGGAGAUCACCCUGGGGAUCCUCAUCUCCACCCAGCGGGUCCUGCUGGAACGGAAGAUGAAGGACAUCGUGUUGCGGACGAUUUAUUCCUACCGCACAAACCCCAAGCAGACGAAGCAGACGGAGGCCGAGGAGAGUUGGGACUAUGUGCAGUUCCAGCUGCGCUGCUGCGGCUGGAACUCUCCCCAGGACUGGUUCCACCUCUCCAGAUUGAGCAACCAGUCGGAAAAUCGAGUGCCCUGCUCCUGCUAUAACUCCUCUGCCACCAACUACUCCGCCACCGACUCCAUCACCUUCGGCAAGCUCUCCUUCCCCCAGCUCAGUCGGCUCGGACCCCUGGUGCGGCCCCCACACAAUUCAGACCUCUGCUUGGUCCCUGCAGAUGACAACAUCUACCCGCAGGGCUGCAAGCACAGCCUCCAGAAGUGGCUGCACAACAAUCUAAUCUCCAUAGUGGGGAUCUGUCUGGGCGUCGGCCUACUCGAGCUCAGCUUCAUGAUGCUCUCCAUAUUCCUGUGCAGAAACCUGGACCACGUCUACGACCGGCUUGCUCGGUACCGCUAGGACACCCCCCACCCCCUUCCCAAAACCCUCCUCCAGCGUGUGCUUGCUGGGUACUUCCCCUCCAGCCAGCUGGGUAAAGAUUUCCUUAAUCCUCACUUCACACCCCAGCCUCUGAGCCCUCAGCGUCCUGUCCCCUGGGGACCCAGGUGUCUGCCAGCCCCUCCCCCCUGCUGUCACCUCUCCCUUGGGACCUGGGGCUUCCUGCCCCCCCCCUUCCUGUCCCCAAAGAGACUUUGUUUCCUUGCCUUACCUGCUUCUAUACUACCUCCCACAAGACUUUAUUAUUAUUUUUUUCCUCUUGUCCAAAUAAAUCCCUUGUGUUGUUUUGGUAAAA